AUCCGUCUGUCCGUAGCGGAGCUUGUCGGGCUGUCCCCGGGCCCAGGUGGGUCGGGGGUCCUGGGAACCCGCCCCCCACCCCGGCAGCAGAGUGGUCCCCAGCAUGGAGGUUGGCGAUGGCGGCAGGGCUCCCACCCCCACGGGGCUGCCAUACUACGUGGCCCUAUCACAACUCCUGGGCCUGGCCAGCGUGGCGGCCACGGGAGCCUGGCUGGGGCUCUACCGUGGGGGCAUCGCCUGGGAGAGCGCCCUCCAGUUCAACGUUCACCCACUCUGCAUGGUCAUCGGCAUGGUCUUCCUACAGGGAGACGCGCUGCUGGUCUACCGGGUCUUCAGAACCGAGUCCAAGCGCACGACCAAAGUCCUGCAUGGACUGCUGCAUGUCACCGCCUUCAUUUUUGCCCUAAUCGGGCUGGUGGCGGUGUUUGACUAUCACAGGAAGAAGGGCUAUGCCGACCUGUACAGUUUACACAGCUGGUGUGGACUCCUCGUCUUCAGCCUCUACUUUAUUCAGUGGCUGGCUGGCUUCAGCUUCUUCCUGUUCCCCGGAGCGUCUUUCUCCCUCCGCAACCUGUACCGGCCGCAGCACAUCUUCUUCGGGGCUGCCCUCUUCCUGCUGUCUGUGGGCACGGCCCUGAUGGGCAUCAAGGAGGCCCUGCUGUUUGGACUAGGGACCAAGUACAGCCUCUUCCAAGCCGAGGGCAUCCUGGCCAACGUCCUGGGCCUGCUCCUCAUCUCCUUCAGCGUGGUGGUCACCUACAUCCUUACCCGGCCUGGCUGGCGGCGGCCUGCCCGGCCCGAGGAGCAGGCCCUCUCCAUGGACUUCAAAACACUGACCGAAGGGGAUAGCCCCGGGGCCGGACAGUGAUGGCCUCGGAGUGGGGAUGAGUGCCCCUUCCUACCCUCGGCCAGCUGUGUGUGCUGUGGUGUCUGUCCCCCCCGCCUCAUCGUCCCUCUGCCACCUGCCCCCUCCCACCUCCCCAGGGCAGCCGGGAGCACGAAUGGGAUGUUAAAAGCCAGUGCCCCCGCCUUGCCCAUCCACCCCUACCCGACUCUGCUCCGGGGUGAAGGCAGGAAGUGGCACCUCUGCUGCUGGCUCCCUUCUCCACAGCGGUGCAGAGAGCCAGUGGUGGGGCCGGGGCUUAGACUGGUGGUCCGUUGGUCUGCCUCAGUGCUUGGCCCGUGGCCCAGGGGCGGGGCCAGCAAUGGGACUGGCUGUCAGUCCGGCCCGGGGCCCGCGGCACUCACCGCCUCCCUGUUUCCAGAGCGGGGCUGGACGGGGCCCAGCUCCGACCUGAUGCUCCCUGUGGGCUGUGUUGCUCACCCCGGAACUCCUUCGUUUCUGAGCGGUUAAUGCUGGGCCAUGGGCGGGCACCCUUGGGGUAGAAGAUGGGGGUGUCAGUAUGUGCGCACAUGUGCCCUCCUCACCCCUGUAGUGAAAAACUGCACCUACUGCUUUCUUUUCUAAGGAGACCCCUCCUCCUCCUUGGACCGGUCCCUGUGCUGGCCUCGCCCUUCCUCCUUCAGGUCCUCCUGUGUUCCUUCUCCUACCGUGACCUCCGCCGCUGAGAACCCUCCCUCGUUCCAUUAGCCGAGGGCAUGGGGGCCAUGUCCCCGGUCCCUUGCCUCAAUGGGGUUUGGUUGGUUCUGGAAGGGUUUCCGUGUUCUCGGCUUCAGGCCAGUAAUAAUAUGUGAAUGGUGCCUCAGUCUCCCCCUCCCCAUGCUGCUGUCUCUCCCGCAGCCCUGCAGGCCCAUGUGGUGGUCCUGCCUCCUGUCAUUUGGCCCCGCGCCCCAAGCUCAUCCCUCCCAAGGCUCAGGCCUCAGCCAACUGUCAACCUGUUCACGGAGGUGGGGGUUGGGGGGAGGCAGCUGGGUGGCCUAGACUGUCCCCAGGCAGAUGUGGCCUGUGUUUCUCAGAGCCAGUGUUCCAGCUGUGCAGAAUGGAAGCCCCGUGAGGGCAGGGCCUUUCGCCCUUAGGAGCCUGCCUGACAACAGCUGAGGAGGAACCUAGACCCUGCCAGCCCCUUGGCAAAGUAAAAGCCACACACAGAGGAAUCUGAGCCAGACUGGAAAGAGUCAUUGCCUAAUUCUUGGAAAUGGUGUUAGUUCCCAAAAGUGAUUUUUCUGCUGGCAGGAGUAAGGGCAGGGGUCUGUCUGCCAAUAGGGGCUCGUGUGGCCAGUGGCCAGCGCCCUGCCUUAUCAGGGCCCGUUUCCCCUCAGUCCAACCACAGACUCCCCCGGUGCCCCUCCUCCCCCCAUCCGCCCUGGCUCCUCUCCCGCAGCGAUGUCCACGGUGGCGUCUGUGUGUGCGCGUGUGGCCGAUGGGACUGAUUGAAUAAAUGUGUGC